AUGGUUGACCCGGCAUCGGCCACGACCGUAGCUUGGUUUACCCUACAGGCUAUACGUAUCUGGGCGGAGGAGCGCUCUGUGGCCCUCCAGGGCAAACGAUCUUCAGUACGGGAGCUCGUCACCUCCCUUGUCACAAUGGAAGCUACCCUGUACGAGCAUCGUCGCGAGCUCACCGAUGACGAUGUCGCCAAAAUUCAGGCGAAAAUCGUCAAGACCCGGAAGAAUUUGGCCAUCUGCGAGUCUAUCUUCACUCGCUCCACGACUGCGGGCCGGCUAGCCGACACCAGCAAGUUAGACAGGACCGAAGUCCUGCACAUCUCGGAGCUCUCGGCCAAAACAGCCGCGGCAUACAAGGAAGCCUUGGCACAGGCCGCCGCUCGCACUGCUUCAAGCCAGGCAGCGUCAUCGCCGGCCGUUACCAUCGUGCAACGUUUUGCCGACGGCGUUCAGAACAUCGUCGAGAUCGGCGUCCUACCCAAAAAUAUGAAUGUAACGGUGGAGGUACCCUCCGGGGACGCAGCCGGGACGCUCACCGUCAAGGUGGCGCGCCGGGGUCCCGACUCGGAGAGCCACGCCAUCGUCACCACGCGCGACGUCGAAGCGGCGAUGUUCGACGAAGCUCCCAUUAAUCUCGGGGGCGCGCAUGCACCCACGCCCAUUGAGACACAGGCAUCGGACACAGACGCCUCACGCGAGCGAGUUCUCGCCGAGGUGUUCGAGCUCGCCGGCGCCGUGGCCGAUGUCGUUGAGCAAGCAUCGGUGGAGGACUCGAACGACUUCUUAGAUGUAAUAUGA